AUUAAAAAAAAUUCAAUAUUAAUUGUGAAUGCAAUAUCAGAUCGAUGUGCGUAUAACUACGAACUGAGCGCGCGGACUUUUCGCGAUAUACUACUGGCUGUUUGAUCGAUUAUAAUUAAAAAAACGAUUGUGACCUCGACAUUUUCCUGUCAAGAUUUUUUGCUCUAUUUUAUCUUUAGAAUACGCUUUGUGAAAGUAUUAUGGUUGUGAGACAUUCUGUAUAUUAUAACUUUUUUUAAUUUCUUUAUCCCUUCACAUUUAUUACUUCUGCAGUAUUUGUUUUGAAUAAUGCGAAUUGUCAAGCAAGCGAUUAUCUAUUCAGUAUGAUCCUUGUUUAAAAUACACGUAUCAGAAAAAUAAUGCAAAUAAUUCGUAAUACUGAGUUACUUUACGUUUAAAAUUAUCGGUUAAAUAGCCCGUUUCGACGCUGAUUUCAACGUCACCCGCGAUAUGCACGCACGAGAUUGUACAUUAUUUGUUUCAAACUUGUACCCUUUUGAAUGUAAUUAUAAUCCCCCGCUUGACAGUACUUCCGCGCUUGCGAUAUAACAUGUGAGAUAAAACAAGAAAAACUAGGCCAAACGAAAGGGUACCAGUGUCUUAUCGUAAUACCGCCAGGAUUUAAAAAGAAGUCCGUUUUGCGGCAUCAGUAAUUUAGUUGUGACCAUUAUUUAUUAAUGGUCUGCACAACUCGCAAUCAAUUCUUUGCUCAUAACGAUAUUAAGUACCGCAGUAAGAUGUUACCGAAUCUAGUGUGGAAACAAAUCUUCAUUCUUGUUAUAUUGCGAUAUUCUGUUUAUUCACAACAAUGGGAUAGCGGUUUGCGCCAAAGAUACGAUGGCUACGGAGAGGAUUGGAUUUUUAUGCCUGACGGCAAUGGACAGCCUCAAGUAGCAGUGUUAAAGGUCCAAGACAACGAAAAAAAAGGAAUAUUAGACUCAGAAAUAGCUUACAUAAUUUACACUCGAUCUAAUCCGGAAAAAGGCAUACGACUGAUUCUAAAUGACACCACAAAUCUUGCUGGUUCCGACUUCAAACCCUCACGAAAAACGAAAUUCAUAACUCACGGAUGGAAGUCGAGUGCCAUGAGUACCAGUCUUAUCAACAUGAAAGAAGCUUUUCUCACUCACGGCGAUUACAACGUCAUUCUUGUGGACUGGGAACCGUUGGCUGCGAGCACAUUUUAUUUGGGACCGAUGCAUAACACCGCAAGAGUUGGGACUAACGCCGCCAACUUCAUAGACUUCUUAGUGAGAGAAACUGGGUUGAAAACGGAAGACGUUCACUUUAUCGGUCAUUCCCUUGGUGCACACGUGGCUGGGAAUGCAGGCGGUGCGACGACUUCCGGGAAAUUGAGCAGAGUAACAGGUUUGGAUCCAGCGUUACCGGGAUUCCACAUAUUCGCCUCCGAGAAAACUCGCUUGGAUCCCACAGAUGCAGUAUUCGUCGAUGUCAUACAUUCCUGCGGUGGUGUGUUAGGCUUUCUUCAACCGCUUGGAAAAGCAGACUUUUAUCCAAACGCUGGUACGGCGAUUCAGCCCGGAUGCUGCUGCGUUCCUGAGAUAAUGGAGGCUUGCAGUCAUGGGCGCUCAUAUGCAUACUUUACAGAAAGUAUAAAUUCGAAAACAGGACUACCGGCUAAAAAAUGCGACAAUUGGGACUCAUACUUAAGCGGUAAAUGUGACAAUUCGCAAGUAGUACUUAUGGGAGAGCAUGUUGAACAUACCGCUGAGGGUCUAUAUUUUCUUAGAACGAGAUCGGAUCCGCCUUACGCGCAUGUAUCAGAAGUAACCAACAAUAAUAUAUCUAAAUAAAAAUUACAAGCAAUCAUAUUCUU